GCCUCACGGUUUUCAAAUUUCAAAUUUCACAUUUCAAAUUUUAUACCUCUCCUUCCCCCUCUUCUUCAUCUUCAUCCCAGGCCAUCCCUUAUAUUUCUUCUUCAUGCCCCGUCUCUACCUUCCUCGUCCUUCUCCGUUGCCUCUCAGUUCUGCCCAAUCUCCACCUUCUUCACUUGUCCCUCCAAUGGCAGACACAAUUGGUGACCAUUUCAAGGCUGAAUUGAAGUUCACUAACGUUUGGGAAGGCAUUCCUCGGAAUCCUCUCCUUCCAUUCACUUCGUCAGUGAAGGAUCUCGAUGGAAACAGAGAAGAUGUUCAUUGUCAAGACAACGGUCACGCCGUGGGUUUGGAUUCAUGGUCUUUGUUGAUCCUUCUGUUGCAGAGAGAGUUGUCCUCAAGAAGCAUGUCUUUGAGGAAUUUGCCUCGGAGCAGCCAGAACUCUGACAGCGGGUUCUUGAACCUUAAGAGGCCAUCAGCCUUUGUCAGGGUCGUGUAAUAUAAAUGGAUUCUUGAAUAAUUAUGUAAUAUUAUUUUGGAAAUAAAUAAAUGCCGUUGUCAAUUAGUUAUGGUAUAACUA